AUGUCGUCCUCGCAAACAAGUCCCACAUUUUAUCAGUCGCUUGUGGCAGGUGGACUUGCGGGCACAUCCGUAGACUUGCUCUUUUAUCCCAUUGACACGAUCAAGACUCGCCUGCAAUCCUCCCAGGGCUUCGUGCGUGCAGGAGGAUUCAGCGGCAUCUACAAGGGUGUUGGCAGCGUUGUUGUCGGGAGCGCACCUGGAGCCGCUGUAUUCUUCUGUACGUAUGACACGCUGAAGCGUACCUUACCCUUUUCGUCCGAUUUUGCACCCGUCACGCACAUGGUCUCUGCGUCUGUAGGCGAAGUUGCAGCAUGCUUGAUUCGUGUCCCUACAGAGGUCAUCAAGACGCGCAUGCAGACCUCCACGUACGGCGACCUGACAAGAUCAUCUCUGGCUGGCGCCAAACGCGUGCUGGCCGAUGAAGGGAUUCGCGGAUUCUACAGAGGGUUCGGUACGACCAUCAUGAGAGAGAUCCCAUUCACAUCUCUGCAAUUCCCGCUGUAUGAGCUGCUCAAGUCUAAGCUGUCCAAAGCUCUGGGGAACAGAACCUUGCACGCGUACGAGGCCGCAGUUUGUGGUAGUUUCUCUGGGGGUGUCGCAGCGGCGCUGACUACCCCGCUGGAUGUCCUGAAGACUCGCGUUAUGCUUGAUAUGAGAGAUCCUUCGAAGCAGAGCAUGCCAUCGAUACCUGCUCGACUUCAACAGAUCUACGCCACAGAAGGUAUGCGAGCAUUAUUCGCGGGUGUCGUCCCGCGCACGCUAUGGAUCUCAGCCGGAGGCGCUGUGUUCCUCGGUGUCUACGAAUGGGCAGUCCACUCGCUCAUGAGAGCAUAG